UUUCCUGUGCGUUUCGUUUCGGCUUUCUGAAACACACUCCUCUCUCGCUUGUAUUUGUGCAACUACAACGGGGAUAGGAGGAGAUGUAGAUGGAGGGAGGGAGAGAAGCCGCUCCACACCGCCCCUAUAUUAAAGAAAUUCAUUUUAAAAAUCCGCUCCGUGCAAGGUUAGCGAGCCUGUCAACCGGAAGAUCAGAUUUUUUAUAUAUUCAAGCACAUACACCUCCCCCUUAACCCCCUCCCUCAAACAAGUAGUCGGUCUGUCAAUGCAUUGCGAGCGCUAGUCAAAUCAAACGAGUGGCGUUUCGGAGCCGGGGAGGCAAACGCAGCACCAUCAGGAUUCAAUGAUUGUAUUACAGACCGUGUGCGUAGGAAUAGCGAUCAUUGAGAAAUAGCCCUUCGAUUUUGUCUGAUUUUUAUUCAUCUUAAAUAAUAUUGCUCAAUUGUAACGAAUGUCAUCUACCACUACGAGUUUUCUUCAUGCAUUAAUUUAAAAAGGUUUUAAAUAUGAGUAUUGGUGUUAAUUUGCGCAUGGACGUUAUUUUUAUUCCGAUCUGAGCUGAAGGAAGGUGCUGCAGGAUUGAGUGCGUUCACUCGUACUAUAAGGGAUUACAAGUUGAAUUCCAUGGAGACGGGACUAUAAAGAAACAGUGUCCAAGACCAAGAGCGUUUUUCUUUCAAGAAUGGAAAUUGUGAAAUAAAAGAACUUGACACGUUGGACAUCCGUCCAUUUUGUUCCCGAGUUCCGAAUUUUUUUUACCAUCUCUUUCGGAGAAAACAACUGGAAUGAAAGAGAGGGGGACAGAAGGAAUGGGAGAGAAAUCAAACAAAACCCGUACAGAGAGCAAGGUACAGCAGUUAGGACAAAUAUCAACACACCGCCCGAAUCGCUUUAUAAAUCAUUAAACCCGAACUGAAAUAAGCUCCUCCACGAGGAUUUCUUUGUUAAAAGGGGGGUUUCGUCCGAGCAAGCAAACCACGUUCUCUGAAAGAAAACGGGACUAAAGACAUAAUUAGAAAAACAUGGAUUCGUCAUAGCCCUGCAAAACUGUACGCUACUUCUGAACCUAGGAAAAGGUUUAUUGAUGCGGACAUGCUCUUCCCACGGGGAUCGGAGGCACUGAAGAACUUUUAGCAGUUUUAUCGUGUAUUUUGUUUUUAUUAUUAUUUUUUUUCUUAUUGGACAUCCAUGCGGUUGCUCCAGUCAAGCUUUCUCGUAAAGUACUGAGGGAUAUUCCUGUAGCCCAUCGGGGGAUUUUUUUUAAUCUUCAACGCCCCCGUAUAUUUUUAAGAACAUCCCUUCCGAUGAGGGGUAAAAGACACAGCUUGGGGGUUACAAUGGCGUGUCGGAACAGUGGUUUUGGGCUAGGAAUUUUUGCAGUAUUCAUGGUGGAUUUACUGGGGAUCUCCGCCACUAAUAUGGAGCCGAUAUACUGGAAUUCCUUGAACAAAAGGUUUGGGGACGACAAAGGCUAUGUCCUUUAUCCCCAGAUCGGGGACCGGCUGGACCUCAUCUGCCCGGCGUCAGAGCCGCCCGGCCCGCGGGCCCCACCCGAGUAUGAGUACUACAAGCUGUACCUGGUGUCGUCGCGGGAGCAGGCGGACCACUGCGAGGUCACCGGCCCCCCCAACCUGCUGCUCACCUGCGACAAGCCGAACAGCGACAUGCGCUUCACCAUCAAGUUCCAGGAGUACUCGCCCAACCUGUGGGGGCACGAGUUCAAGACCAUGCACGACUACUAUAUCAUCGCGACCUCUGAUGGAACACGCCAGGGCCUGGAGAGCAUGCGGGGGGGUGUUUGUGCCACACAAGGAAUGAAGGUGGUCCUCAAAGUGGGACAGAGCCCCUAUGGUUUGCCCCCGAAGCCAGUCAAACCAGACCAGAACUCAGGCCGCACCGACAGCCGGAACCCAGGCGGCUCCGGGAACUCGACGUACACGCGAGGCGGCGGGGCGGGGGGUGAGAACGGCCCUCUGCCCUCCUCAAACGUGGCGCUGAUCGCGGGGGCCGCUGGAGGCUCCGCCUUUCUGCUGCUGGUGACAGCGGUGAUCUGCGCCGUGUGCUAUCGGCGGCGGCACGCCAAGCCCUCAGAGUCGCACAUCCCGCCGCUUUCGCUGUCCUCGCUCACCAGCCCCAAGCGGGGAGGCGGGGGUGGUGGGGGCAACAACAACGGCUCCGAGCCCAGUGACAUCAUCAUCCCGCUGCGGACUUCCGAUUCGGCCUACUGCCCUCACUACGAGAAGGUCAGCGGGGACUACGGGCACCCUGUCUACAUCGUCCAGGAGAUGCCCCCCCAGAGCCCUGCCAACAUCUACUACAAAGUAUGAGGCACCUCAUGCCCCCCCUGCCCUCACCUCUCCCCCCUCCCAUACCCCUCUGCACCUUUGACCUGCCCCCUAAAGCUACCUGGGUCCUCCUCCCAGCGCCGUUUUUUCAGCCAAUCACAGGGCGGCUCCAUUCAACGGGGUCUAGCUUUUACUUUGGGGGGGGGGGGCCCUGCCUUGCCUCUCAGAGCCACGUCACCAAGACCUGGGGGGAGCAAACAGCCUGAUGGAAUUGUUUACGGGAGACGCCUUCAAGGCCGGCUUCAGAGCACGAGAUCUGCAGGCCACCGCUAACCCACGAGUGUGUGUGUGGUGUGUGUGUGUGUGUGUGUGUUUUUUCUUCGGAGCUCCUUAUUGGUUCUUUUGGUUGUCAUGUACAAGACGACCUUCUGUCAUCUACCGAUGAAAACGCAGUGACUGGAAGGUUGUGACAAGCCGAUGGGUUUGGGGCCCCGGCUGGAGCUGUGCUAGUCUAGGAUAGCCGGUCAGCUUGUGCGUCUUGUGUUCGUGUGCGUGCGAGAGAGACAAACUGUGCCAGGGCCUCUGAUGGAGCACCGACAGUGAAUAAACAGUGAACAUGUGUGUCAUUGUGUGUAUACCUGUGUGUUUGCGUGUCGUAGGCAGUUUUUAAAACCAAAAUGUCACAAAACAUGAGAAAAUAUCAAAAAUCAUCGGAUUUUGUUUAUUUCCAUUAUGUGUAUAGAUUAUAUAUACAUAUACCAUAAAUAACUUUAGAUUUUUUUUCUAUCACAGUUUUUUCAGUUUUAGGCACAAUUACUGUUCGCAUUUAUACCUUCAUUUCUUAUGAAAGAGUUUUGAAUUUUAGCCAGAGAUUGCCCUAGAUCUUUUCACCCCAUUGUGCUGUAAUUUAAUUUAAUCUUUAUUUUUCUCGCACGUGGUGAUUCUUCUCCCUGUCACCACUCCCCCCUCGCCUACCAGUCCUUCCCCAUGUAUAUUUUUAUAGCUCCUUGUAAAACGCUGUAGUUUUGAAAUUAAAGCUUGUUUGUGGAGGUGCUGAGGUAGAUCAAUCUAUUAAAGUUUUAAAAGAAUACACGUUUUUGCAAAAAAAUAGAGAAAAAAGAAAAAAAAAAUUUUUGUUUUCGGGGGCAUACAGGGGUCCAAAGACGACAAUGACUGUUGGGUGGGAGACAUGAAUAACGUGGAACAGGAAAUGGUCCCAAUGGAAGUCGCAUUGAAUGAUUGGGAAUUCUGCCCUCUGUGGCCUUUGAAACGGACAGGGACAGCUGGGCAGAGCCGGCUUCUGUGGAGAGGGGGGUGACUGGCAUCUCCCAGGACUCUCACGGUAUGUAAGUGGUGCCUCGUCCCUGCUCUGGCUGAGACUGGGACAUCUUUCAAAAAUGAUGGGAUGACAAAAGAAAAACAGAGAGAUGGAGAAAUGGAGAACACGUCGCCGUUUGCAUUGAUCCUGUGUUUGGUUCGUCACGUCACGUCGUCUGUUUUUUCGAUUUCUGCUGUUUGCUUUUUUGUUUUUCCAUUGGCGUGUUCCUACCUCCUGACGCCAAACCUGGAAGCAGAGAGAGGUGCACCCCCACCUCCAACACGGGGGGGGGGCAGGUCAGCAUGUGAUGGGUCCGAUGGGGAUGUGCGGGGCGGUUCCCUGGCCCAGAGGAGUGGGACACACCUGUUGUUGUAAGAAAUGGACUCGCCGGAACCAAUGCAGUAGCAAGCUGGCGUGAGGGGAGAACAGAAGCACACGCAUCACCUGUGACGUAAACAUGCAGCACAUGCAGACGGGAAAGCCUCAGACUCGCCUUCAGAGUCUCCAUCACCAAGCACACGUUGGGCAGCCUCAUUGAUCUGUGGUGUGGACGACCUCAGACACGGCGGCGGACAGAGGGAAACAGCCGCCAUCUCUGUGCCGACCGCGCUCUCUGUGCACAGCUGGAAAGAAAGCCACCAGUUUUGUUGUCAGCACAGCCAAGGACUUUGCAGAGGAAGAGCGCCCCCCGGUGAUCUAUCCUGAGAGACAUGGAUGUUCAUCGCCGUGCCGACCACACCUCUUUCCAGGACUUUGACCCGCGGCCUGGUGACAGCAUACGAACUUGUUCAGUCAAAGCUGCGUUUAAAGAUGUUACCUUGGCAAAUGUGAAUGUUUCUUGAUGUUAUUCUCUGGUUUAAUUUAAAAGCAGGUAGCCGUAAUUUGGUUUGUGAUUAGUAUUAAGGGGAAUAUGUUUUCCAUCAAAAUCUGGUGUCUUCUGUUAUUUGCAGUGUAGUUUCACUCCGAGUCUCGGUGUGUGCUGGUGCAGUCGCUCCAGGUUUCCUGUCAGACCGUGUGCCCUGUCCUCUGCACCAUGCACCUCACUCUUGUCUUCAUAGCAGCCCCUUCGGCUUGUCAGUCCAUCGUUGUCGGGUCUGUCGUAGGUGUGAUGUUCUCGGGCAUCUCGUGUGCAGACCGCUGUCUGACAUCAUCAGUAUGGGACGCGGAUGGGCACGUCUCCCAUGGAGUCCUUAUAGGUUGACUGUGCCAAAAAAAAAAACAAAUCACCUAUGUAUAUCUUCUUUGCUGUUUUUCUCAUGGACACUUGUGAGAAGGACUGUUCCGGAAAAACGGGGAAACCUCCCUACAUCCCCUCCUCUCUGUUCGUGUGUCUGUGGUCACCGCGCCAGAGGAAAGGCUCUGGCUCACAGGCCAUGUGCAGACUGCGGGACACUACCGUGAAGGGACCCCUGUAUACAUGUAACUCCUCUGACCCCCCCCCCCCCCCCUUUGGAAAAG